GAUGUAUUGGUAUUAUUGAUGCAAAUAAAAUGUGCUUUGUUACAAAAUGCUCUAUUAUUCACCAGAAACUUACAUUUUACCAUAACUAUUUGCUACUGCUUAUAAACAUUUGAUAAAUAAUUGAAUUCUAUUGAUAUAACUGAACAACCUCAAAGAAAUAACCUCUACACCUACUCUUAGAAUGCAACCUGCCUGGUUGUUCACUUAUUCAGGUCUAAUCUACAAUGUGUAGUUUGAGUGCUAAUUAUCCAUGCAGGAUGCAAAGGUCAUUUCUAGCAUGUUACAUGUUACAUGUUACGGUUAUGCAAAGAAUAGAUUCGAUUUAUAUAAGUACAUAAAUAUAUAUAAGCCUGCCACAUGUUGGCGAGACUAGAUGAAGCUCAAGAAAAAUGUAUACUUCAUGAAAAAAUAAUGACUUUUCUCCUCUCUUUUAAUGUGGGGGUUGAUGGUAUAAGACAUAAAAUGAGCAUGUGCAAGCAUCCUGGCCAUAUUUCAAUUUCCCAUCAGUUCAAACUCUCUCUGUGACAUAAAAUGUACAACCUAAAUGCUAUAAGAUUCAUAAAUGUAUUUGUACAUAUUCUGACUUUGCUGGGCUAGAACACCUAGAAAAGCCAUAAUUCACUAAUGUAUUUGAAACCAACUAAUUUUAGUAACUAGAAAUUACUUUUACUUUUAUCAUGUGUUAUCUGAAUAGGUUCUUUAAGGUUUUGGUUUUUUUUUUAGACAGACAAUGUAGGCCAUGAUUUCUGAGCGCCCGAGUAAUGUAUACUUAGAAGCAUGACUAAAGGGGUAAAGUGUGAUAAUUUUGAAACAGCCACUAGAUGGCACCAUUAUCUCUCUCCAUUGUGACAUGUAACUAAGUACAUCUUGGAAUGGAAUCCGUGUGUGUGCAUGUGUCCUGAGAUAGCAGCAGUUAAACCCGAUUCAAUGAGGACACUAGUAACAAGAGUGCAGUUUCAUUCUGUAAAACAAAAACAAGCCUGGAAGAUACUGUUAUUUAAACCCACUCUGUAGUACGAAAUUCAAGAUUUUGACCAGUUAAAAGAAGAUGAAGCCGAGUUGGGAAUUACAAGUAUUAUCUUUAUUCGCUGUCUUAAAUUGGAGCUACAUCUCUGCUCAGCCGAGAUAUUCUGUACUUGAAGAAUCAGAGCCUGGGUCUUUUAUAGGAAAUGUUGUUCAGGAUCUCGGACUAAACAAUGUUGGCAUUUCUGAAAGAGGACUACGCUUGGCAUUAGAGAAAACCAUGGAAUAUUUUGCCCUGAAUCUGGAGAGUGGCACUCUUGUGGUCAAAGGCAGAAUAGACAGAGAAAAGCUAUGUGGAUUCAGUACAAGUUGCAUGCUUCCAGUAGAAAUUAUUAUCGAGAAACCGUUGGAGUUGUUUCGCCUGGAAGUGGAGAUUGUGGAUGUCAACGACAACGCCCCUCAUUUUCAUAACACUGAGCGUAUCAUAAGAAUGACGGAACUGGCGGCUGUUGGUUCGCGAUUCCCCUUGGAAAGAGCUCAAGACUCAGAUGUGGGAACUAAUGCUGUCAGUGCAUAUGCAUUGGCUGAAAAUCAAUAUUUUUCCUUAGCUGUACAGAACAGGAAAGAUGAUAAACCUUUUCCCGUGCUCGUGCUAGACAAAGCCUUGGACAGAGAAGAACAAGAUGGCUACCAGUUAGUUCUCACUGCCUUCGACAGCGGCAAUCCACCUAAAUCUGGAACUAUCUUGAUAUCUGUCAUUGUUCUAGACUCUAAUGACAAUCCUCCCAUAUUUGAUAGCGCACUCUACAAAAUUACCUUAGAAGAAAACUCACCAUUUAACACCCUAGUAAUACAGUUACAUGCAGAUGACAAAGACGAAGGACCAAAUAGAGAAAUUAGUUAUUAUUAUGAAGAUCAGACUUCAGGGAACAUUGAAAAUGUAUUCAGCUUGAAUCAACAAACAGGCGAGAUACGUGUUCAAGGAAAGGUUGACUAUGAAGAUCAAACAUCUUAUGAAAUUUCUGUAAUAGCCAGAGAUCAUGGGGUACCUGAAAUGGAAGGACAUUGCAUUGUCCAAGUGGAUAUUGAGGAUUUGAAUGACAAUGCUCCUGAUAUUAUUUUAUCAUCCUUUGUCAGUUCUGUUCCGGAAGAUACCCCCAUUGGAACCACUGUGUUACUAUUCAGUGUUAAAGACCAAGAUUCUGGUAAAAAUGGAGAAGUGGACGUACAAAUUUCUCCCAGUCUUCCAUUUGAGAUUGUGUCUGUUCAAAACCAUUAUUCCUUAAUCACCAAUCAAUUACUGGACAGAGAGCUUGAUAAUCAAUAUACAGUACAGCUGACCGCCAGAGAUAUGGGAUUCCCUCAGCUUCAAACUGAGGCAACAAUUGAUCUGAAAAUCACUGAUGUCAAUGAUAACCCUCCGACGUUUGAACAACUUCCUGCUGGUAUUUAUAUAAGGGAAAACAAUAAGCCCGGUGCUCUGCUCCAUGCAGUUUCUGCUUUGGAUAAAGAUGAAGGAGAAAAUGCCCACAUUGAGUAUUCUAUAUAUAACAGACUUAUAGAUGGCUCACCUACUUCAACCUUUGUUUACAUUGAUAAACACAAUGGAAACAUUUAUGCCCAACAAUCUUUUGAUCAUGAAGAGGUGCAACAUGUGGAGUUUACCGUGACAGCUGAGGAUUUUGGAUCUCCAAAGCGUUCCUCAAAUAUUUCAAUUCACUUAUACAUCUUGGAUGACAAUGAUAAUUCCCCUACCAUAUUAUUCCCAGAGGCGUCCCAACAUCUUCAAGCACCGCUGCCAAUCCCAAAAGCUCUGCCAGUUGGUUCUUUAGUAACUAAGGUCGUAGCUGUGGAUGCGGAUUCAGGGUACAAUGCAUGGCUCACCUACAACUUAACGGAAGUCUCCAGUCUCAACCUAUUUAAAAUAAUUCCACACACAGGAGAAAUCAAGUUGGCCCGAAAUAUUCAUUAUACAGAUCUUCCCUUACAAAAACUCUUUGUUUUAGUUAAAGACCAUGGAAACCCUCCCAAGUCAUCCACAGCUACAUUACUCAUUUCAUUAGAUGAUAAUGUUCAUAAGCAGAGCAUGUUCUCCAAUGAAAUAGUCAUUACUGACAGCACUAAACAAAAGCACGAUCUGACCCUGUAUUUAGUGAUCUCUCUAGUUGCAGUUAGCAUAGUGUCCGCUAUUACCUUUCUAAUAUUACUGACAAAAUGUAUUAGAAGAAGAAGUACAUUUGGCAAAUGGGAAUGCUGCUGUUUGCGCCAGUCACAGUCAACUCAGUACUUGGACCAUACUCAUAAAACUUUGCAGCUGGACCCAAAUGGAACCUUACAGUAUUUUGAAGUAUCUAUGGCUUCUGCAGGCCAACAAAGCCAGAGUUACCUAUUAGCCAAUACGCCGAAUGUUGACAGUGGAACCCUAAACAUAAUGAGAUCACUGAAUUUCCCUCAACUGAAGGAUUUGGUUAAUACGAGUGAGGAUACUUUACCAGGAGGUUAUAGGUGGAAAGAGACUUUACAGCAGGCGCCACCUAACGCAGACUGGCAUAUCUCACAGGCUCAGAGACCAGGACCUAGUGGAGCUCAGCCAGCCAAGGAGUCUGGAGUGUGGCCAAACAACCAGUUUGAAACGGAGAGACUGCAAGCGAUGAUUUUGGCAUCUGCAAAUGAAGCUGCUGAAGGAAGUUCAGCCCUUGGAGGUGGAACAGGAACAAUGGGACUCAGUGCCCGCUAUGGACCCCAAUUUACCCUUCAACAUCUACCCGACUACAGGCAGAACAUCUACAUUCCAGGAACAACAUCGACACUCACAAACGCUGCAGGGAAAGGGAAAUCAGCCGCACCUUCAGGAGGAAACAAGAAGAAAUCAGGCAAAAAGGAUAAGAAGUAAACAUCGAUUGGCUGUCACCAACAGGGCGGAAGCCCCCAAGAACCUUUCCCCAGCCAAAAUCGUAGAGAGAUAAUGAUUGUAUUGUGGAACGAAAUUGGAAAACGAGAACGAUAAUUGGAAUUUAUGUGUCAUUUUUCAGAACUAGCGGUGGGAGACACGGCUAGUAACACUCAUGGUUCUGCCGAUAAUUACCCGAGUAAAGGGCCCUGUCGAUAGUAGCCAAUAUUUUGCAGUCACGUCUUACAUAUAUUUUGCUGAGUAAUUUCUUGGCUAAAUACACUCUCUUUUUAUCGCAUUCUAUACGACUUUAACUUUGUUGAGUACGGCAGAUGUUUUCCCACAUGUAUAGCUGUGGAAUCUCUUCCAGUGUAUAUAAUGACGGCUAAAUAGUUAAUUUAUAAUUUAUGCUCAUUAGAGAGUUUGUGAAAUAUUGCAGGCUGUAGCUCAUAUUUAGAUUAUGCCUAUAUUUCCCUUAGAGACAUAUGAUUAUUGGUUUUUUUUUUCUUCAGACACUGUGGAUGUUUUUUAUGCUGCAAUAUUUCUCUAGAACGUCUCUUUCUAUUGGGCACUGAAUGGAAACCAAACACUUGUCUGCCAUCUUAAUGAGAGACAGGCACGCGGCGUAUUUGUGGCGUUCGUAGGUAGCGAUCACACAAACACGUAAAAGAGAUAGAGCCACUAUUCCUGCUCAGUGCUUAUUGGAAUCCUUAACUUGAAAAGAGUUAAAGAUCUUACAUAAAAGUGGAACAAGGGAUAGACUUCUCUCUGGGCCCAAGAAUAGAACUGAAAGCUGCUAUGCACAGACAUUUUUGUUGGGAUAAUAUUUUUUGUCUGGUGCUCUUACAGAGUAAUGGACAGAAUGAUUUCUAUUUCUACACCUAUAAGUGCAUGUGUAAUGGUCACCCAGCACCACUAUUUCCAUGGAAGGGAAAAGACAGUUAAAUUGCAUGUGCAUACUCAGCAUGGGGUCGUUCAUUCUUUGUAUGGAAUGUUAGAGGAGUGAGCCUGUUUCCUGCAGGUCAAAUAUAUGGGGCUUGGAAGAUAAUUAGUAGGGUCUGGGAGGGAGGGGGUUAGGGGGUUUGAGAGUUCCAGAGAGCAGUUAUCCACAGGCCAGAAGCAAAUUAAUCAUUCUAUUGAUCUUGAGUCAUCUGACUGUUGAGUAAGUGCUUGGUCAUGAUGGAAACCCCCGGCUUUAUAUGAAUAUAUACAAUACUUUCAGUCUUCAAAAUGUGCCGGUUCGGCAGAGUCAGAUCUGCUUGUGGUUGUGGUUCUAAAGUCAUCAAGUAGCAGAUAAUGCCCAGAGAUUAGGAAAGCUGGCUGGCACGGCAUCUUGUGACAUGAUGUAGGGCAAAGACCUAGAACACAAUGAAUACGAUGGCUUCUAAAAUAGAUUGUUUGGCCAAAACAAACUGCUGUUGGCCACAAAUACUAUAUAAGGAGACAUCCCUCAGCGGAAUAUGAAAUAGAUGAAUUGUGUAUCAGGACAUAAAGACGGGAAAAUCUGUUUAAAAAAAACAACACUUAAAUCUUUCAUCACUACUGAAAAAAAUAUAGAUAUUUAGAAUAAUAAGUCAAAUGAUUUUUUUAAACAUUUCCUUCCUAUACCAGCCAUCUUUUUUCCUUUUAUUUGUAUUGUUUGUCUGAACAUUGUUUUUUUCUCUGCAUUUUGGUGACAAAUGUCUUAUAUUUUGGACCACAUAACGUAUAGUCAGGGUGCAAGGACAGAGAACACGUUUAUAGG